AUGAACAUCUCCGCAUCUGAUGUUGACUCCAACAAGGUCUUGUUCGGCUCANAAAGCGUCACCAAACUCCCUGACGAAAUCAGAAGACUGGACAGCUCAUCACCACUCAUACUCACUUCAAAAGGAAAGAAUGGAACACUUCAUGGUGAAAUUCUGGCCAAGAUUUUGACCGAUGCCUCCAUGACUCCCGCCGCAAUCCUCAAUUUGGCGGUGAUGCAUACCCCGAAACCUGUCACGGAAGAAGCACUCGAACAACUCAAAGCUCGGGCUGCAGAUUGCAUCGUGUCCAUCGGCGGUGGCUCUGUCAUCGGCUUAGGCAAGGCCUUGUCUAUUCGUACUGGACUCAAGCAUAUCUGCAUACCAACAACAUACUCUGGCAGCGAAUUGACUCCCAUCCUUGGCGAAACAGAAAAUGGCCGAAAAGUCACCCGCUCCGAUCCAAAAAUCCUUCCGGACUUUGUGAUAUACGAUGUUGAUCUCACCAUGUCGUUGCCAUUAGCUACUUGCUCUUACUCGGGUGUCAAUGCAAUAGCUCAUGCGGUGGAGUCAUUGUACGCCGUGAACACCACUCCGACCAUUUCUAGGCUUGCUCUGGAGGGCAUCAAAGAACUGGCGGAGGCACUUCCGGCGAUCGUUCAGCACCCCGAUGAUCGCGCUGCUCGCGAAAAGGCUCAGCAUGGCGCAUGGCUUUGCGGUGUGUGUCUUGGAAAUUCUGCUAUGGCGUUGCAUCACAAGCUUUGUCAUACCCUCGGUGGUUCUUUCAGCCUUCCUCAUGCCGAAACGCACACUAUCAUCCUGCCUCAUGCAGUGGCUUACAAUGCUCCGGCUAUCCCUGAGGCGAUGAAGGGACUAACAUCAGUAUUGCCUGAUAGCGAGGGUGGUGCGAUACAAGGAUUGAACAUUCUGCUCGAGAAGCUCAAGGUAUCUCGUGCGUUGAAGGAAUUUGGCAUGCAAGAAGAGGAUAUAGACAAGGCUACGGAUAUUGCAAUGAGCAUGCAGUAUGCCAACCCGAGGGCAAUGGAGAGAGAUGAAAUCCGAGAGUUGAUUCGCAGGGCAUGGACUGGCGAGCCGGCGAGAAUUUGA